GCACGCAAGCAGAUGAACGCCAUGUUCAUUUGUCAACGGACGGCAAGGUGUGAUCAUCUGAAAGAGCACGAUUGCUUCGAGGAAAAAAAAAGUAUCGAAAUAUAUAGUGGUUUCAUUGUUCGAGUUAACGUGCAUCUUCAACGACAUGGCAUCCUCGGAAUUACAGAAACGGAAGCUGGAAGAAUACGAAAUGCAGCUGUUUAGCUUUCAUUCGAGAGCCGUAUACGCUACUUUGCAGAAUAUUAUAAAUGAAAGGAUAUGCUCCACAAUCGAGAAGAUGUGUGAAACAAUUGGAAAAGCAUAUGAACUAAAUUCUGAGAAUUUAAGUCUCCUUAAGACAAAUGGAAAGCAAUUAGAAAGAGCAUAUUUUAAAGGAGCGAUGCCACAAUUAGAAAAUAUUAAGAAUGUUGUAAAUAAAUAUAUUGCUGUUCCAAGCAAUGUUUUGCUUGAAGAAGAUAAACAUCAAAGGAUACAAUACAGUGACGCAGAAUUUGAAAGUCUCAAUCAAAGGUUAGAAGAUUUACAAGAAAGAGCAAAAAAAGCUACUAUUUUGAAUGCAAUACUGAAAGAAGAGCUGCAGAUUUUAGAACAAUUUUCAAUUUCUGAAGGAGAUGUAAAUAAAAUGUGUGAUAUAAUAGAAAAUAUGAAAUGCCCUGAUAUAGGUGAAAAAAUGUAUCAGUUAGUGGAAGACUAUAAACAAUUUUCCACAAGUUUGUUUGAUACAAGAAAAAUUACAACAAAAAUGAAGUACAACACAGUGGAUAAUCUGAAAUGCAAAGAAUUUGAUUUAAGUAUUUUAUAAAUUGAAGGAAUAUAAACAACGUAAAAAUGAAUUGUUUGUUUAAGGUGUUUUCUUCGAAUGAAAUUAUCUGUGAUAUCUCUGCACGAAAAUGUUUCUAAAAAGAAGAACCGAAAGAUUAGCCCCACCGUAAAAUUAGAAAUUCGUACCACUUGAACAAACAGCUAGCAAAUGCUUGUGGUACUUUUAUUAUUGAAACAAGAUGUACAAAGAGGGAAUAUACAUACUACACUACCGACAAUCCACAGUUAGGUCUCUUUCACAUAAGCAAUGAAAGCCGCAUACACGCACGGCGAGACAAGAGUCUUUUUUGUGUUCUGUGGGUUCUUACAUGCUCGUGUAUAAACUGGCAUUCCCGGUUUUAACGUAACUUGUUCCUUUCUGCCUGGUAGUCGUGUAUUCAAUUCCCAUAUGUUUGUGUGGAAAAGAUCUUAGAGUACACUAAAGCAUAGCGCUUCCCCUUAAAAACAUUCCAGUAGUGGGGCAUGUUAGAGUGGGGGUGUUCGCUUCGACGCUUAACAAAGAUUUACCAGCGUCAUUCCAGCAGGUUCUAUUAAGUAUAAUGGAAGAGAAUAAAGUGUGCAAUUAUAAUUUUUCAUUUCUCUAAAUUGUCAAAAUCGUGAAAUAUUUUCCGACGUAACCAAAUAUUGCUAUAGUUUAGACUUUUCUUUUUACAAUAAUCAUUUUUAUAACCAAAAGCAAAAAUUUUCAAUAUAAUUAAAUAAAUUUUCGUUUUCUAUUUAUGCCAUAAUUGGUGACUGAAAAUUAGAGAAACUUAGAUAAAUGAGUUGAGAGUCAUUUUUUAAAAUAUACAUCAAACUAUAUUGUUAAUGUUGUGUUAUUAUUUAAGAAUUUAAAAUUAAGCUAAAUGAAAUGAAUUUAUAUAUGUAAUUUGUAAAUAUCAGUUAAUAAAAAUGAAAGACUUAUGAUAUUAAUUAUUACAUAAAUAAAUUAUAAAA